AUGAUAUUUAAGUACAAUGUUAGUGUCGUAUUUCUUGUUUUGCUCUCAAUUUGGGUUAGGACUGAAGGUCGUAGUAUUUCUCAAUUCUUGACCGAAGAAUCAGAAGGAACAAAAUGGGCUGUCCUAGUUGCUGGCUCCAAUGGCUGGGAAAAUUAUAGGCAUCAGGCAGAUGUAUGUCACGCUUACCAACUACUGAAGGACGGAGGUCUCAAAGAUGAAAACAUCAUCGUAUUCAUGUACGAUGACAUUGCUAACAAUACUAUGAAUCCCAGACCUGGAGUCAUCAUCAAUAAUCCACAUGGACAUAAUGUUUACAAAGGUGUUCCUAAGGAUUACGUAGGAAAAGAUGUUAAUGCUCACAAUUUUUACAAUGUUAUUCUUGCGAACAAAAGUGGUAUCACUGGGGGCAGUGGGAAAGUAGUGAACAGUGGUCCAAAUGACCAUAUCUUCAUCUAUUAUGCUGAUCAUGGCGGUCCUGGGAUAGUUUCAAUGCCAAGUGGAGAAGAUGUUUACGCUAAUGAUCUGAUUAAUGUGUUGAAAAAGAAGCAUGCUUCGGGGACAUUUGACAGAUUGGUAUUUUACCUAGAAGCUUGUGAGUCUGGUAGCAUGUUUGAUGGUCUUCUUCCCGAAGGUCUCGACAUCUAUGUCACGACUGCAUCAAGACCCGAUGAGAACAGUUGGGCAACGUAUUGCGGUACCUAUGAUGCCUGCAUGGUUGAGUGUCCCCCUCCUGAGUUUAACGGUGUGUGCUUGGGAGACUUGUACAGUGUUGCUUGGAUGGAAGACAGUGAUGUGCAGGAUCGAACAUCUGACAGUGUGGCGGGACAGUAUGACCGUGUUGCAAACAGAACUGCAGCCAACUUAACACAUGGUUUCUAUGGCUCCCAUGUCAUGGAAUAUGGUGAUAUAGUAGUGAGCUUUGAUUCUCUUGCUGCGUAUAUGGGUGUUACUAAUUAUUCCACAAAUCACAGUCAUGCCUAUGUGAAUGACAAUGCCAUGUCAUUCUCGACAUCAUCAAAGCAUGUGGAUCAACGCAAUGCUGAGCUUUUCUAUUUGUUCACCAAACACCAAAAUGCUCCUGAAGGAUCUGUAGAGAAAGUCGAAGCUCAAGCGACACUUAAAGAAGCUUUAUCAAAGAGAAGUCAAGUGGACAACAAUGUAAAAAAUCUUGGGGAGCUUUUGUUUGGAGCUGGAAAAGGUAAUGACGUGCUACAGAGUGUUCGACCUGCUGGACAACCACUUGUUGACAAUUGGGAUUGCCUUAAAUCCUAUGUCAAGACAUUUGAGGAACAUUGUGGGAAAUUAACAUCGUACGGAAAGAAACACAUACGUGGUAUCGCCAACAUCUGCAAUGCUGGAAUUGAGAGUGACCAAAUGGGUGCUGCAACUGCACAAGCAUGUCCUAAUUAG